UUUUAGGAACUCCAAGGAUGAUCUUGUAAUUAAACCCACCGUUACCUUAAAUAACGAAAGAACCCUGAACCCUAAUCUGAAAUUUGCUUUUAACACUGUUAACGAAACAAAUUUCCCUCUUUUGCGCCUGGGCUGCCGCCAACUCCCAGUCAUCACCGCCACGUUGAACCACCACCAGUAGUCGACAUUCGAAUCUCCGGAACCGGGAACCUAGUCUUCAUCGAAAUCUCUGUUCCCUGUUUUGGGGUAGGGCUUUGGGGCAGAAGCAGAAGCGGAACCUAACUUGGGAAUCACCAUGGCCGACGACGAUUACAAUGAUGUGGAUAUGGGAUAUGAGGACGAGCCGGUGGAGCCUGAGAUUGAAGAAGGAGUUGAGGAGGAUGUAGAGAACAAUAACAAUGAAGAUGUUACAGGAGAACCUAUUGAAGCUGAGGACAAAGAAGAUGAGGAAGUUAAAGAAGGAGCUCGGAAAACAUCAAAAUAUAUGACCAAAUAUGAACGUGCCAGAAUCUUGGGUACCAGGGCUCUGCAGAUCAGCAUGAAUGCUCCUGUGAUGGUUGAGUUGGAGGGUGAGACUGACCCACUUGAGAUUGCUAUGAAGGAGCUUCGGGAGCGAAAAAUCCCAUUUACGAUUCGUCGUUACCUUCCAGAUGGAAGUUACGAAGAUUGGGGAGUUGAUGAAUUGAUUGUUGAAGACUCUUGGAAGAGGCAAGUGGGUGGUGGUUGAUGACAGCCUCAACCUAACCAACUGGCUUUAGACUUUGCAUGAGUGGUAAAAGCAAUUGUGGGUUUUAAACUAAUAUCAUUUAGAUUUUUCUGAAGAGUCAUUUUUGGCCUCAAUGUCAUGUAUGUUGUGAGGUUGGAUGUUUGGUUUCUUCUUCAAUUAUGUAUAUAACCAGAAAAGAUCUUGUAUGAGUUGCUGCAAUAUAUCCAGGAUGAAACCAACUUUUUCACUCGCUGUUUAUGAACAACUUAUUUUUUAACAUUGGUGCAGUUUCUCAUUCCCAACAAUGAUGGAGAACUGAUGCCAAUAUGGAGAUCUGAUGUUUGAUAGAAUUGUGCUCAAUUUGCUAAUUAACUCUAUGAUGAUGGCAAUGAAUCUAAAAUAAAUGGAGAUUUUAGACU